AUGUUCAACGGAGGACUCACACAACAAGAGCUUGAGUGUCUCCGAUCCCCAUUUCCAUUACCAUCAUCACCAACUGUUCAUCCCUUUUCCAUAAUGAAGCAUGAUCAUGGUCUUCUCUCUCUGUCCAGAAACAGCUCCAGCAAAAUAACCCCAUCAAAUUACAUCACCUGCACGUUAUUUGUAAUCGAUCCAAAUUGUAUCAACGACAACAAACCCCUUGUCGGUAAAAGUUCUCCUCUAUCAUACAGUCGUUUAUCCAGAACCCGCUCUGGAAUCUCCACACUUAUACGCUCGCUUCUAACUGUCAUAUCAAUCCCUGCAAUCAUUCCCAGCUUCCGGUGGCUAAGCUUACCGACUCAGCUGUCACCAACGCCUUCACUCGGCCGAAAAGUCACCGGGACGUUGUUUGGUAACCGAAGAGGACAUGUCAGCUUUGCGGUGCAAUAUGAUCCACGGUCCGCACCUGUUCUGAUCAUUGAACUGGCGGUGUCCACGGCGGCGCUCGUUAAGGAGAUGUCCUCAGGGCAAGUAAGGAUCACACUUGAGUGCGAGAAACAGCAACACUCCGGGUUGUCUAGUCGUCGGGGAGACUCUAAGCUGUUCAACGAACCCACAUGGACGAUGUAUUGUAACGGAAGGAACUAUGGAUACGCGUCGUCAAGGGCGUGCUCAGACUCCGACUGGCACACACUGAGCACGGUGCAGAGAGUCUCAGUAGGAGCUGGUGUUCUACCGGUGUUGGAAGGCAGCAGAAAAAGCAGCGCCGGAGGAAGUUGCGGAGAGUCGGAGGGCGAGUUCCUGUACAUGAGAGCGAGGUUUCAGCGAGUCGUGGGGAGUCGUGACUCGGAAGCUUAUUAUAUGAUGAACAUGGAUGGAAACAGAGGGCCUGAAUUCAGUAUAUAUUUACUUAGAGUAUAA